CUCACAUGAGUCUCAAUUCUCCCCUCAUUUUCACUUUGCUCCCACCUAACCUCUGCAACUCAUUUAAAACGAGAGAGAGAGAGAGAGAGAGUCAUGAGUCUAAGAGAAGAGGCACCGUCGAUGUGGUAAAGAAUAAGGAGGAUUCAUGGUGGAGAAGAGGCACGUUGAAACUCCGAGGUUGCAGCUAAGGUCCGUGGUCGCCCUGGAAGGGUAGUUAUGUUGUUCUCUAUUCAUGGUAAGACAAGAUCUCUUUUUCUUUGAAAAGCCUCCUCCAUUGCGAUUUUCCAAGUUUUUUCAGUGAGACAUGAGGAUUUUGGUCACUGGAGGAGCUGGAUUCAUCGACUCUCACUAGGUCGAUAAAUUGAUGGAAAAUGAACAAAAUGAGGUGAUUGUUGCUGAUAACUACUUCACUGGAUCAAAGGACAAUCUUAGAAAAUGGAUUGGUCAUCCGAGAUUCGAGCUUAUUCGUCAUGGCUUGUUUUGGAACACCAUUCUGCAUGGUCUUCGUCUAUGAUUCGAUCCCCUGAGAUAUGGCAGAAACCUUGUCUUCCUUACUACAAGGUAAAUUAUGAUACAGCUAUAAGAUCAUCAUUCUCUGCCCAAGCUGCUGUAGUCCGAAACUUCUCUGGAUCUGUUAUUGGUUGCAGCUCUAUUAUUAGCCCACCAUGCUCUGCUCUUUAUGGGGAGGCACGUGCGGCUCUCUUGGGUGCUCAAUUAGCCAUUUCUCUGAAUAUUACUUCCUUUAUCUUGGAAGGGGACUCUCAAACUGUUUUUAGGGCUCUCCAAAAUUUUACUGUUAUACAGGAUUGGCGCAUUUCUUCUAUGAUCUCCCACAUCCGAGCUACUAUCCCAUCUUCUACUAGCUGGUCAGCUAGUCUCAUUAACCGAAGUGCAAACUUCUGUGCCCAUUAUGUGGCAUCUUGGGCCGCAACCAGACUACACUCUGGCUGCAUUCCCAUCUCUUUACCUUUUGUAGUUGAACCUUCUCCUACCUGUUUUGGAAAGGCUUCUCUUUCUUCCUUUUUAAUUCCUUAAGUCUGUUUAGUUU